GGUUGGGGAAGGAGGGAGAGACACACAGUGCUAGAGAGAGGAAGAAACUUGAGUGAAAAAAGUAGCAGAGGGAGAGAUAAAGUCUGGAGGGCUUGCAGAGGAAUCUGUCAGGAACAGGGAGCCAGGAGGGGUGGGGAAGUGCAGGAAAUUAAUGAGUUUUUUUGGGGUGGUGCCAAACUCUGCACUGGUCUCUUCCUGUCCUAUUCCCAGUGCUCUUGCCCCCCAGGCAGGAGGGUAGCAAGCCUGUGACACCCUCCCUCUGAGGAGAGGUACAGCUGGAAUGGAAGAGGAAUGUGCUGCAGGUGAGGGUCCCCCUACGGGAUGGGAGAACCGGUUACGAGCGCAGGAGGAGGAGAUUAUGCUGUUGAAGUCUGCGUUGUGUGACGUUCUACAGAGAAUAUGUACCUUAGAACUCCGGCUUCCGUUGGAUGGACAGUCAUCUGAGAAAAAUCAUUCUUCUCCUGUGGUACACAGUGUGGGUGAUUUCAACACAGCCUCUGAACCAAGCAGCGACCCCCUUAAGUCUUUACCUCCUCAACCUGCCCGAGGCUCUUCACAGAGCACAGUAAGCACACAGACCGAAUGGUCCGUGGUGGAGACAAAAUCCAAGGAGAGCACUGAUCCAGUGGAAGGGACUGGAUCAUUUGACAGCGACUCACUAAAUGGAGUGAUCACAGAUCUCGUUAAUGACUCUGAGGGACAACGAGACAUUGAACAGGAAGCUCGGAGCCCUAUAAUAGAUGAAACGGUUUCUAAUGUACGUACUGUGAAUAAUCUGCGACAAGGAAAGAAGGAUUUGCUUCGCAGAAACAGCACUUCAGAUAAACUGAUCAGAGACACGAAAGAUAAGAACAGAAAAUUAGAGAGAAAAUCUGUCUCUUCAGCAAAUCUUCUGACUGGCUCUUCUGGAUCAAGACGUGGAAAUUAUAACGUAGAGGGACUCAGUAUAAAGGUUUUUCUCCGUGGCCGUCCAAUCACUAUGUACAUACCAUCCAAUAUUCCAAACCAUGAUGACCAGAAGCCAGAACUUCCUAGUGAGAAGCUACAUUUGGAGUGGGUUUAUGGUUGCCGUGGGCGGGACAACCGGUGUACUCUCCGUGUUCUGCAGUCUGGGGAGGUUAUUUAUUUCACUGCUUGUGUCAUUGUCCUCUGUGAUGUAACGAAUGGAACCCAAAGACACUUCCUGCGUCACACUGACUGCGUUCGUUGUUUGGCAGUUCAUCCUGAUGGAGUCAGAGUGGCUUCAGGACAAACGGCUGGAGUGGACAAGGAUGGUAAGCCUAUGGUAUAUAUAUGGGACUCCUGCACUCUUCUUGCAUUACAUCAGAUUGGUUUUGGCUUUUUUGAAAGAGGAGUAGGAUGUCUCACCUUCUCCACUGUGGAUUCUGGCUCAUACCUAUGUGUAGUUGAUGAUUCUAAUGAGCACGUGCUGUCUGUAUGGGACACAGUAAAGGGGAACAAGAUUGCAGAGACCAAGUGCACUAAUGAGCCGGUAUUGUGUGUGGCCUUUAACCCAGUGGAUAGCGGCAACAUUGUCACUGUUGGCAAGUCUCAUGUGCACUUUUGGACCUGGAGUGGAGUUUCUCUUACCAAGAAGCAGGGUAUUUUUGGGAAGUACAAAAAGCCACGUUAUGUGCAAUGUCUGCUGUUUGAUCGAACUGGGGAUGUCUUGACUGGAGAUUCAGAGGGUCAGAUAUUGACCUGGGGAAGAAGUGCAGCAGAUACCAGGACCUUGGGAAGAGGGGCAAAGGACACCUAUCAGAUUGUACGCCACACGCGCGCUCAUGAUGGUAGCGUGACCUCGCUCACUGCUCUUCGCGAUGGCUUCGUGCUUAGUGCAGGUGGAAAGGAUAAGAGACUGGUGAUGUGGAGUGAAACUUUGACCCAGAUAAAGGAAUGUGAGAUCCCUGAGCACUUUGGUGCAGUUCGAUCCAUCGCAGAGGGCAUUGGUGGGGAAUUGUUAAUUGGCACAACAAAGAACGCUAUGUUCAAAGGUUCAAUGGAUAAUGGAUUCAUACCCGUUAUACAGGGACAUACAGAUGAGUUGUGGGGACUGGCCACACACCCUUCACAGAACAUCUUUCUAACUUGUGGACAUGAUAAACAGUUGUGUGUCUGGAACGGCAAUGAACACGCACUGAGUUGGAGUUGUGUACUGGAGGAUCAUGGCCUGUGUGCUGAUUUCCAUCCCAAUGGAAGAGAGGCUUGUGUGGGACUAAGCGCUGGAAGAUGGUUAGUACUGGACAUGCUGUCUCACAGUACUCUCUCUGUGCACUCUGAUGGAAACGAGCAGCUUUCUGUGGUUAGAUACUCCCCUGAUGGAAAUUACCUGGCCAUUGGAUCCCAUGAUAACGUCAUCUAUAUAUACAGCACAGGACAGAGAGAUCGUCGGGUCGAGAAAGAGGGCUUUCAAGAUAUCACCAUAGAAGAGGACAUUCUCAGAGAGGAGGUGGACAAUUCCAAGUCAGACGAAGGCGGCACAUUCCGAUAUACACGAUAUGGAAAGUGUGUGGGUCAUUCCAGUUUUAUCACACAUUUGGACUGGUCAAAAGAUGGAAAACAUAUCAUGUCAAAUUCUGGUGACUAUGAGAUACUGUAUUGGGAUAUUGCAAGUGGCUGCAAACUUCUCAGGAAUAGAUUUGAGAGCAGAGACCGUGAAUGGGCCACAUAUACAUGUGUAUUGGGAUAUCAUGUGUUUGGGGUCUGGCCAGAGGGGUCAGAUGGGACAGAUAUUAAUGCACUUGCACGUUCGCGUGGGAUGACAUUAAUCUCCGUGGCUGAUGAUUUUUGUAAAGUUCAUCUCUUCCGCUAUCCAUGCAAUAAGCCAAAGGCACCCAGCCAUGUGUACGCUGGUCACGGAAGUCAUGUGACCAACGUCCGCUUUUCAUAUGAUGACAGGCACCUUGUAUCACUGGGUGGGAAGGAUGCCAGCAUUUUUCAGUGGAGGGUGGUUGGAGGAAGCAACUUGCCACGCAGCCAGUCAAUGUCAUCCUCUUCAUCACUGGAAGCUGCUCCUUAAUUUUCAAUCAAAGAGAAACACCUCCAAACAGAGACAUGUAAUUCCACCUUGAGCCUCAGAAAACACUGAGCCAUGUCUCUAAUCACCACAAUGCCUUCUGACAGUGGUACGUGAGAACAAAAAGAGGAAGAACUUGGCAAAGACACCGCAGCAAUAAAGUCUGACCCUCUAAUACAGAGACAUGUUUCCUCACGCUACUAUAGAGCUAUAAACGCUAAUUUAGAGCUACGUAUCCAAUUCAAGAAACAGGUCUUCUACCAGCUGUUCCUUACAGAGCCAAACAAGCUAACGUGGAGCCACACUGUCUCAUAAAGAGAUAUGUCUUCUAACACUGUAACACAAUAUAGAGCCAUAUUUGCUAACUGAGAGCCACAUUUUCUAAUACAGAGGCAUGUGUCGUAACACUGUUUAUCUAUACAGAGCCAUACUAGCUAACUAGAAACCACACAACCUAAUACAGAGCCCUGAACUCCAUACUAGCAUAUUGAGAGCCAAUAUCUGCUAACUUAGAGCCAUGCAUAUAGUACCGAUACGCUAUAAAGACCAAUUACAGAUCAAUCAGUGACAUUUCCCUAGAAUAGAUACAUCAUUUUUAAUAAUAGCCUUUGCUUCAGAUCAUGCUCCCAGCGAUGUGCAACUCCUUAUAUCAUAGAGACAGAAAGCAAGCAUGUUAAAUGACAUAGAGUAGAAUGUAUUUUGACAAACACAUCUAACUAUGUUUUGAUUGAAUGUAGUAUGAUUUUGCCCAGCUAACUUCUGACAAGUAUCACAUUACAGAGUUCAGGAAAGAUGAUCAGUUUCUGUUAGCUGUGAACAAGUGAACGUCCAUAAAGAAUUAAAAGAUGCUCAUCACAUCAACAAACAUUGAAUCAACAUUUAAAAAUCUGCAUUCUAGAUUAAUAUAUAUUAAUAUAUAUGUUCAGAAUAGAAAAAAAAAUACCCAUUAAGAAUGUCAUACAAAUGCAAUGUUAUUUUGAAUUAUGUUUAGCAAAAGGCUUCAUAACACAGAAAGGAAGUAGAGGAGAAUAGGACAAAUAUGAGGAUAUUAUAGAAUACCUGAUCUGAUAAGUAUAAUGAAUGUUUUUUAAAUUUUAUGAAGAAUUGUAAACUUAAAACUGUAGAGCUGAGUAAAGAGAUUCAAAAAAUCUAAUUUGCCCUAGACAUCUGUGAAGAAGUCCAACCAGUGGAGAUACAGUCCAUGCCAGUAGGACCAAUGCAGGUCCUGUAGAAUGAUGGUGGCAUUGUGACUCCACUUUCAUUUAUGUGAGGCUUCUCAAACUUUGUUACAUAUGUGGUGGACAUGGGAGAGAUGUGUAAUCACUUAUUAUAUAUAUAUAUAUAUAUAU